AUGGAGCCAGAGCUGGCGACUGAGAGGCAGCCCCAGCCGCGGAGGCGAAGCCGCCGGGCCUCUGGUCUCAGUACUUCUGGCGCCUCUGAGCCUUCGGCAGACACUCCUAACCACUCCUUGGAAGGAAGAUGUUCCCUUCAGAGAGGUAGCUCCUUCACAUUUUUAACACCUGGCCCCCAUUGGGACUUCACUUUGAAAAGAAAACGAAGAGAGAAAGAUGAUGAUGUUGUAAGCCUUAGCAGCCUUGAUCUUAAGGAGCCAAGCAAUAAAAGAGUCCGACCUCUAGCUCGGGUCACAUCCUUGGCAAAUUUAAUCUCUCCUGUAAGAAAUGGAGCAGUCAGGCGCUUUGGUCAGACAAUACAGUCAUUUACUCUUCGUGGUGACAACAGAUCCCCGGCUUCUGCCCAGAAGUCAUAUAGCAGAUCAACAGUCCCAACACCUACCAAAAGAAGAAAUAGUGUCCUGUGGUCUGAGAUGUUAGAUGUCAAUAUGAAAGAAUCUUUAACUACCAAAGAAAUCAAACGUCAGGAGGCAAUAUAUGAAAUGUCCCGAGGUGAACAAGAUUUAAUUGAGGAUCUCAAACUUGCGAGAAAGGCCUAUCAUGAUCCCAUGUUAAAGUUAUCUAUUAUGUCAGAAGAGGAACUCACACAUCUGUUUGGUGAUUUGGACGCUUACAUACCUCUACACGAAGAUUUGUUGGCAAGAAUAGGAGAAGCAACCAAGCCUGAUGGAACAGUGGAACGAAUUGGUGACAUUCUUGUGAACUGGUUGCCAGGCUUGAAUGCCUACAAAGUCUACUGUAGUAACCAGCUAGCAGCCAAAGCUCUUCUUGAUCAAAAGAAACAAGAUCCAAGAGUCCAGGACUUCCUCCAGCGAUGUCUUGAGUCUCCUUUCAGUCGAAAACUAGAUCUUUGGAGCUUCUUAGAUAUUCCUCGAAGUCGUCUUGUCAAAUACCCUCUACUGAUAAAAGAAAUUCUUAGACACACUCCAAAAGACCACCCUGAUGUUCAGCUUCUGGAAGAAGCUGUAUUGAUAAUACAAGGAGUUCUCUCUGAUAUCAACUUAAAGAAGGGAGAAUCAGAAUGCCAGUAUUACAUUGACAAACUGGAGUAUCUGGAUGAAAAGCAGAAAGAUCCUAGAAUUGAAGCAAGUAAAGUAUUGCUUUGUCAUGGGGAAUUGAAGAAUAAAAAUGGACAUAAGCUUUACAUUUUCCUAUUUCAAGACAUCUUGGUUUUGACUCGACCUGUUACACGGAACGAGCGUCACUCUUACCAGGUUUAUCGGCAACCAAUCCCAGUCCAGGAGCUGGUCCUAGAAGACCUGCAGGAUGGAGAUGUAAGAAUGGGAGGAUCCUUUCGAGGAGCUUUUAGCAACUCAGAUAAAGCUAAAAAUAUCUUUAGAGUUCGCUUCCGAGACCCUUCUCCAGGGCAGUCUCACACGCUGCAAGCCAAUGAUGUGUUCCAUAAGCAGCAGUGGUUCAAUUGUAUUCGAACUGCUAUUGCCCCUUUCCAGCAGGCCACCAGUCCAACAGAGCUUAAGGAUCUGCCAGAGCUCAAUGAAGAGUGUGAAGAGAACAACCUCUCUGCAUCAAAUGCCAAAGCUCAGAGAAGGGUAUCAACAGUGUCUAGUGUUAUUCAAGUAGAAGUUGAUGAAAACGCUUCAGAGUGUGGGUCCAGUAUGCAAACAACAGAAGACUCCAAGAGUGUAAAAUCGUACCGAACACAGUCUGGGUUCCGAAAAGCAAGGGACAAAGCCCAGUUAAGUGGCAAACGGAAAGAGACUUUGGUGUAA